AUGAUGAAGAUGCUACAAAAACUUUACAAGCAAUACUAUGGGUAUGCAGUUAAAGACAUAGACCAAAGUGAAAAUGAUUGUUGUUCAGUUUGUUUAAGCCAAAUGUGUAAAGGGGAAAAAGUUAUGUUACUACCCUUAUGUAACCAUAGAUAUCAUGCUGAUUGUAUUGGUAUUUGGUUGAAGAAUCACACAACAUGUCCUCUUUGUAGAAGCAAAAUCAUUGACCAUGUGAAUCAAAAUCAACAAAAACAGGUGAAACCCUUUGGAGAAUCUGUAGUUGACCUUAUACAAAGUUUUUCUGAUCUAAUUGUAGCUUUUCUUUAUAUGAUUCUUCCAUCUAGUAUCACUGAGAGUUUUCCUGUUGUUCAUUGA